AUUUUUUACAAAUGCUGUCAUUGAUCACCCUGUCGAAAUUUGUCAAUAAUCUGAGUUGUUCCGGAAUCUAUAUCUAAAUCGUUUUGGACUGGUUAACCACAACACAAAAGUGCAGAAAUACAACUACUUCAAAAUUAAUUUGCCUAUACAAGAUGUUCCGCACACUGUCCAUUGAACCGAUUAGAAUCGAGGAGCGCUCCAAGGAUGAGGUCCGUGCUAAUAUUUUGGUGUUUACCGUCACCUGUGCCCUCAUUCGGUUUUUUCCGAUAAUCUUGAGGAAAUUAUCGUAGUCAAGGUUAAAAAUGCGAUUGUGAGCUUCCGCUUUGGCUGAGAUAAAACCGAUAAUAAAUAUUAACAUAUAAGCUAA